CUAGUUUUAAACUAGAAAGUUUAAAACAAAGGUAACUUUUACUUGACUUAGUUCCUUUUAACAAAUGUCCUAGUUGCUGCAAACACAUUUUGAUAAAUUGUAGCAUCUGAGGACGUUUGUUUAUUGUGUUGCCACAGGAAAUUGUUUUGGAUUUGGAAAUGGCGGAGUCAGGUCAGUGAAUGUGCCACAAAGUUUGUUUUUCACGGCCUUGAAAGCGCCACAACAAGCGAGAAAGCUGGACACGGCGCUGAACGGAAAAUAAUACAGGGGAAGAGACGUUAUGGAAGAAAGAAGCAAAUUUCAGCUACGGUAUUUUUGUUUUGUUUAGCUCCGGUCAAAGUGGCAACGAGAUGAAGCUUAAUUAUGAAGGAUAAGAUUUUAGCAAUUGUCUUGAAACUGUCUAUGAAGUCUCGUGGUCACCACCUGAUGUUAGUCAGGAAUCAAGCUGUCCGGGUGGUGGGAGGAAACGUGUCGGUGGUUCUUGGAGAGAGCGCUACGUUACCCUGCCACCUCUUUGACACCACAGAGACGCUCACACAGAUUUCAUGGCAGAGAAUGACUAAGGGGAAGCCAGAAAAUGGAAAUUUCAUUACGAUUAUGGCUGAUAAAACACACAACACCAAUGGAGCUGACUAUCGGUUCAGGAACAUUGGAAACUUUACCAAAUACGAUGGAACCCUCCAGUUAUCAGACGCCACGUUGCUGGAUGAAGGCAGCUACUCGUGCAUAUUCACUCUGUUUCCGAGCGGAAAUUUCAGGACAGAUGUUACACUAAACCUGCUCGUCCCUCCAGUCGUAACGGUGGAGGACGACGCCCCUCUGUUGGGGGGUGAAGAAGCUUCCCUUGCUACCUGUACGGCGGCUGGUUCCCGGCCUCCUGCUGAGGUGAAGUGGAUUAUGGGUUCUCUGGAGGGCUCGGUCCGUUCAACCACCACCUCCACCCUUCACGAUAACGGAACCACCACCACGGUCAGCUCGCUGCUUGGAGUCCCUACCAGAGACGUCAACCAGCGUUUGGUGAGAUGUGUCGUCACCAGCGCGGCGCUGACACAAGCAAAGAGCCUGCCCUUCACGUUACAAGUGUUCUUUUCACCCACGACAGUGAACAUCACUGAAAGGUCAGAUAAUUCAUUUGAGUGUAUGACUGAAGCCAACCCAGCUGCCAGCUUCACCUGGAGCAGAGCUGACAAGUCCUGGCCUCAGUCUGGUGUCACUGUGGUCGGACCAACGCUGCAGUUUGUGAGGAACACCGCUGGCGUCAAUGGCCUCUACCAGUGUGAAGCCUCCAACCAGUACGGGAGGAGUCAUGGUAACUUCUAUGUGCAUGUGACAUCAGGCUCCUGCACGGUUUGCUGGGUAUUAUUUAGCCUUUUGCUCGUCCUUUUUUUGCCAUUGGUCUUGCUGCAUGGUACUACCUUUUUUAUAUUCAGGCCCAAACAAAGCAGAGAAGAGUCUCCUGCAUGGAUGCAGCCUGUCCCUACAGAAGAUGAAGCUGUAAAGCUCAUGUUUAAUGUAAACUAACUCUGCAUUACUCAGAGACAAAGUGUCUCAUUAACUACUUCCCCAAGUGCAAACACAGUAUCAGUUUAUGACGCAACAGUUUAAUUCUCUGUGACUAUUUGAGUACAGUUCUCCUUUUUUGUUUUUUGAGUACUUUUGUUUUGCUUUGGCAAGUUUACCCUCGUGCUGCAGGACAGAACAAUGAGUGAAGGUGUAACCUGCAUCAGUGCAGUGUGUCAACGUGCGAACAGACCUCACCAUGGCUCCAAUGUUGAAAGGAUGCGUUUUUCUUCUGUGUUUUUUUUUUUUUUUUUUUUUUUUUUUUUUUUUUUGUUCUGUCCAGCAGUUUAGCAAGCAGCAUAUAUUACGCUGAAUGCCAUAUUGUGAUGGACAGCUUUGCUUUAACAAGAAGAGUAUAUAUAGAAUAUAUAUACACUCUUCCUGAUUUAUGGUUUAUUUAAUGGUUUAUUUAGCUAAUCCAAAAUGUAUGUGAUGUUGCUGUGUUGGUGGACAGGUUAGGUUUCUGCUUUAGGGUGUGUAUGCGGGAGGGUGUGUGGGGGGUAAGGGGUGCAACCAGCUGCUGAAACCAAGCAAAUCUGUUAAGUAAACAAUCGGAGCAAAAAAAAAAAAAAAA